AUGUCGGCCACACCGUGCGAGCGUGCGAGCAAAGUGGAGAGUUUGGUAUCUUUGAUCUCCAAACAUGCUACCCUCUAUGUUGAGGACAGUCAUAAGAUAGGCAAUGGGGAGGAGCAGAGGGCCCUGGACAGUCAAAUCCAAGGACAUGCAGACCAAGUUGGCAACCUGUGUGGCGAGCUCGCCCGUCUCAUCCAAAAGCCCGAUCAGUCGGUCCAAACCCCAGAGGACGGGAUCCUAGAGACGGCCAUGGCGUAUACCAAAUCUACGGCACUUGCGAUUGCCCUGGAUAUGGAUUUUUUCAAACAUGUCAAGCCUGGUGAGACGUCGGCCACCGUGGACGAGUUAGCCCAAGUGACCGGUGCUUCUCAGAAGUUGAUCAAGAAUGUCAUGCGGAUCUGUGCCGAUAAUUCCAUCUUCAGGGAAGUCACCACGGGGGCUUUCGUACAUACCAAACGGUCAUUGUUGUUGCGUGAGCGAGAUAGCUAUGUUCGAGCAUAUUCAGGUUAUCUGGUGGAUGACGCCCACAUGGCGGGCGCCUUUCUCCCUGGUGUACUUCGGGACCAUGGCUUUCAGCCUCCACCGGACCGGAAACAAUCGGCCUUUUGCAAGGCAUUCGAUGCGUCGGACCCUUACGAUUACUACCAUUCGACUGAUUUAGUGCGGGGGGCUCGAUUCGACCGAGCAAUGCAGGGCAACCAUGCGAUUCAGCACCACCCCAUAGAUCUGGUGAUCUCGUUCGACAAGUUGCCGUUUGGGGCCGUGGUGGUUGAUGUCGGCGCCGGCCGUGGCCACAACGCGCUGCGACUGGCAACAAAGUUCCCCCAUCUCACAGUUGUUGUGCAGGACCAUGAGAGCGUCAUUUUCCCCGAAGAGGAUCAACUCGAUAUCCCUCCCUCGGUUGAAGGAAGAAUCCAAUUUCUUCCCCACGACUACUUCGACGAGCAACCCAUCGAGGAUGCGGACGUGUAUAUCCUGAGCAAUGUCCUCAUGGAUAAUCCAGACAGUGAUUGUAAACGGAUAUUGUCGCGCAUCGCCACGGCGAUGACUCCCAACAAAUCGAAGCUGGUCAUCUGCGACAAACUCGAUAGCGAAGCCAGACCGGUCUAUCAUCAGAUGUCGCAGUUGCAUAUUUUUUCCUGCUUCAACUCGUGGUCACGGGAUAUCGACGAAUGGAGGAGGCUGAUGACAGAUUCAGCCGACGGGCUUGCGGUUGAUCGAUUCUGGGAGAUCGGGUCAGGUGUGGUGCUUGAAGUUGGACUCAUGGGACGACUGGGACCAAUUGAUGGUGCAGAGGUAGUGGUCAGCGAGCUCUUGCUGGCUAGUCCAGUAUCUUCGUGCACGACUUUGUAUGUUGGUGUAUCGGGGAGCCUAUGGGAGGGCCGGCGAACGCCGCCAGAUCAACCGACCCACCCUGGCGAUCCGCCGACGCUGAUGCUGUUCUUCAUCAACUUCGAGAUGAAGCCCGGCCAAAGUCUGCCCAAGCCCAAGCUGUAUAUGCCGCUGGCGGGAAUCCCGGAAUCCAAAAUCGCGACCACGCUGACAAACUUCUUCAACCGCCAUGACAAGCCAGAUCAGGGCAGGAUCGCCAGUCGUACUAGUAAGUGGCAAUAUGACAUUGCUAUGCACGACCUCUGCUAA